AUGCUACUAACCUACGUAAAGGCAAGGGGCUGCAGACGUGGUCAGGAGGCCAUGUCUUUUAGCCGAAUAGUCUGCGUAGUCAAACGUUCACCAAACCAAAUUAUCAAGACGCUGCGGUCCUCGUCGAUCUCCCAACUUACCACGGACUUAAAUUCGCACACCUACUCCCUCCUGAGGUUAUUUCGAGAGCGUGUGAUGGACGAUGGUUAUGGUGGGCUUGCAAGAGCUCUCGACUUUACCCUGUCAAAUCUGCUAAAACGGUGCCAGCAUGGACGUAUCUCGACUCCAAGCCAGGAGAUUGCUCUACUUUCUCCUAACUCCACCAUCACUUCUACUGGCAGUCCACUCAUAUCUCCACGGACGAUUGGGGAGGCUCACGGCUCUUCUCCCACCAAUACUUCCGGCUCCCCGGAUGUCUGCGUUCGCCGCUCGCAUUCUAUCGGCGCUGUAGCCGGUGCGACGGUGUCCCUUCCCAAUUCUUUGCUAAAGAAUGGCGGUUUCAAGAGCACCACUACCACCACUACCCCCAACACCUCCUCCGGCUCAGCGCGCAACUCAUUCUCUAUCGGUCAAGGUGGAGAGAGCUCCCUCCAGUCAUCACCCACUCCUUCUACCACCGCCCUUUCCGACAUCGAUUUUGAGGCGACGUCGGUGACGGGGACAACUGUAGCGGGUGGUCGAUCCUCUACAGCUUCGUGUUUCAGCUCUCCCGCCUCCUCCCGCCGUCUCCUCGGGUCCUCGGUGCCCGUCACCACAGCAACGCUUCGGAGGCACUCGCGUAACUCCGCCUCAGGGGGACGGAGACGCGCAAGUCUGUUGGAUAUUUCGGCAAAACAGUUGGCGGAGCAGAUCACCUACUUGGAGGCCGAGAAGUACUCUCAGCUUACGUUGGAGGAGCUGCUGGAUAUAAAGUCUCUGGCCGCGCUUAAGGCUCCAGCGAUGGCAGCAUGUGCGGCUCAAUUCACCGCACUCUCAAAUUGGGCGGCCACCCUACUCCUUGAACCCCCCGUAUCCCAGAGAGAACGUCAUGCUGUCAAACUACUCAAGGUCAUGCAUUACCUCCAUUCAUUGAAGAACUUCAACAGUUUUCUCGCCAUACUCUGUGCAUUUCUUCUAGUUCCGGAAAAUAUCUUUUCCAAGAAGACUCGAGCACGUCUCGCUCGCCUGAGACCCUACAUGCAGCCGCCGCACUUUUCCACCUAUCGACGCGAGCUAGCUGAGGCUUCACCUCCCUUCAUUCCAUACCUCGGGCUCACGCUGCAGAACCUCAUCGCUCUGGAGCAAAUCAACCCUCUCUUCCUCUCCGAAGUUCCCAAAGGUAUGAUCGCUACGUACAAGUCGGAGCACGGACCAGUUGUCAACUUUUGGCGCAGUUGGAAGCACUUCCUGAUAAUAAACUUUUUCGUCAAGCAGGAUAGCGCCGACGGAAAGGCCCCGCAAUACGACAUCAAACCGGACUUGGACAUACUCGACUUCAUAGCAGACUUCAAAAGAGCCUACCCCGAUUUUGCGCUGCACGAACUCAUUAACCGCAGAAAACGCGAGACCUCCUAG